AUGAAUGCUACUAAAGAACUGACUUUUAAUUUACUGAAUAAAUUUCAAGACAAAGAAAGAUUUGGAUCUGCGCAAAGACAUGCUGGAAUCUCACUAAAAGGGUUCAUAUCUGGUAUAUUGUUUUCUUUUUUGUACUUUUUAUUUCAGCUGUCACUCUUUAUUAUUUUAAGAUCAAGAUUCAAGACUAUAUAUCAGGCCAAUGUCGUUCUGAAAAUCCAUCCAGGUUCUAAAGUUUGUUUUGCUAAGAAAAAAAUAAAAAAUUAUUGGUCAUUAUUUGCAUUUCUCAAGCAACUUCCCGGAAGAAUGUUAGAUCCUAUGGAAAAAUUCGAACGAAACGAAAGGUAUGGCCUAGACAAUUAUCUAUUUUUACGGUUUCUCAAACUUUUGAUAUUCUUUUUUGCAGUGUUAUCAAUUAUCAACAUUCCAAUACUAAUUCCAAUCCAUUAUUUUUCCAGGGAUAUUUUGAAAGAAAAUGAAGGUGAACGUUAUGAGCAAAGUUUCAGGACGACAAGUAAACUUGACAAGUGGACCAUGUCAAAUCUAUCACCUAAUUCAUCGAAUACUUUAAUCUGUCACUUGUUUUUGAGUAUCUUUGUUGUACUCUGGUUUCACUUCAUUCUUUCUUCGGAACUGAGGUUCGUUAAUCGACUAGGAUAUUCCGUUUUGACGAAAAGUAAAUACCAAAACAUUCUAUAUUUGGAAGGAUUCUCAAGUAAAUUGGUUACCCAAAGUAUUUCUUUAGAAACUUUUUUUCAGCCGCUACACAGUGAUUGCUUUGGCGUGACGCAUUUCAUUCCAAAAAAUUUGAAGAAAGUCCACAAAUUAGAAAUAAAGUUAAAUAAAUUACAAAAAUCAAAAGAACAAAUUAUCUUUGAGAUUAUUUUAGAGAAAUAUUUUAGAAGAGUUUCAAUACACAGGCAUUUGAUAGCAAAUCACAAAAGAUUUUUCUUUUCAAAGUUGAAAAACCAUCUAUUAUUUCAGUACAAAAAAUUGGUAUUUUUAACUCAAUUUAGAAUUUCAUACUAUUGCACAAAAAUUCGUCUGCGCUGGAAAAAGUCAAGCAUCUUUCCGUUAUAUUACCCUAAACUGUAUGUAAAUACAGAAACAAUAUUAGAAAGGAAAUACAGAAUCCUUGAUAAAAUAAUACGCAAGGAAAAACUCAUUAAAUUCCAAGUAAAUUCCUUGAAAGCAACUUCAGAAACCAAGCAGGCACUGCCCGACGAUUUAUCGUCGGGCACAGACAUUUAUAUGGAUAAGAUGUUCAUUACCUUCAAGUCCACAUUAUUGUCAAACGUUAUAGGUGAGUUGCUUUCGUAUAGACUACCCACCCAAAAUUUAAAAGUAAUAAUAGGCCCCAAUGUUAAUGACAUUAUUUGGAGAAAUAUCCUCGAUUCAUCACCCCUUUGGAAAAGUGCCAAAUAUUUCUCGGCAAAUAUAUUGCGAAUUUUUGUGAUUAUAGGCUGGAUUUUGCCUGUCGCGUUCCUUGGGUUAAUAUCACAAAUACCAAAUAUUUCCUCACUAAUACCGUUUACAAAAAUAAUUCAUUUCCAAUCUCCAUUUAUAAGAGAAGUGGCAAAGAAUUUGAUUCCAAUAGUAACCUUAAUAAUAAUAAUAGAAAUCGUACCCUACUUUUUCCGUUGGCUGAGUUACCUUCGAGGGUUGAAAACUGGAGCGCAAAUAGAAGCUGAUGUCCAGAAUUGGUAUUUCGUCUUUGUCUUCAUUCAUCUUUUCGUAGUUGUUACAAUAUCUUCUGGAUUUUCUAUAAUUAUUGAGAGGCUUCUUAACAAUCCUGUCAGUAUCCCUGCUCUCCUGGCCAACGACUUGCCUAAAUGCGCAAACUUUUUCUGUUCUUUUGUUUUGAUUAGGGGAAUGGCUUAUGCAGGCGGUAAUUUGUUAAGAAUAAAAGAGCUACUUUUUGAAUUGUUCUACUAUAAAUGGAAAAGGAGUACUCCACAUGCUCAAUUUAAGAGGUUAAAGACAUCUUUAUUUUUCCAACUAGGAUCUAUUUAUCCUAUAUUCUCAGUGUUGGGCUGUAUUGGUAUCAUAUACAGUGUUGUUGCUCCUAUUAUAUUAUUAUUAUGUUGCAUCUCAUUUUCGAUGGUUUUCUUUUCUUUCAGUUACUUGUUCAAAUACCAAUAUAACAAAGAGAACUAUUCUGAAACGUUCGGUAAAUUGUACAUACAGGCCCUUAUGCAAUUGUACGCGGGCAUUUAUUUCAUGGAAUUUUGUUUACUCGGGCUGUUCACUCUUUUUGAUCAAUACACAUUGUCAACUAUAAUGCUUGUUGUCUUUGCUCUAACAGUAAUCACGCACUCCAAAAUCUCCAAACAAAUAAAAUCGAAGCCUCAACGCAUACCAACUUUGGAAUACUUGUCGAAUCUAACAGAGGAAAGGAAGGACCAAUUCUGUCAAGAAAGUUAUACUUUCCAUGAUAUUUUCUCCAUUUGUAGAAAUUCGGAUGAAAUUUGGCUACCAAGGGACAAACUAGGAAUUUCUGAAGAAGAACAAUCAUUUUUGGAGAAGUCGUAUCACCUGAAAUUCGAUCUUAAUAUGUAUUCAAUGAAUUUAUUUGGUGAUUGUCACUUGGAGAAUAGCCACUUGCACUAA